UGCAGCAAUGAUUGUUUGGUGUGAUAGCAUUAAAAAUAACGUCGUUUCGAGGAUUUUCUUGGGAAUUCUACUAUUUAUAAUAAUUUCUGACGAAAGGCGAUGUUCUAGUGCCAAAGAGCAGAAUUCGCACUCCUUCAGUUAUUCUAUAAACAGUGGUGAAGUUAUAAGUCAUCACAGUGAAGAAACUAACUGGGGUGUAGUGAGGGGCUCGUUCAGCUUUUUGCAGCCUGAUGGUCAGAUUCGAGUGGUCCAAUAUCAAGCUGAUGAAAAAUCUGGAUUCAAAGUUGCAGUUCAUUAUCGGAGAUUUCUCA